AACUCUCGUUAUGUCGGGCGAGCACAAGACGGUCAUCAAGUACCCGUCGGAGUAUGUCAAACUGAACAUCGGGGGCUCGCUCCAUUACACCACCAUCGGCACCCUGCAGAAGCACGACACCAUGCUGCGCGCGAUGUUCAGCGGCCGCAUGGAAGUGCUCACCGACUCCGAAGGCUGGAUACUGAUCGAUCGGUGCGGCAAGCAUUUCGGGACGAUCCUCAACUUUCUGCGGGACGGUUCGGUGCCGCUGCCGGAGAACACCAAGGAGAUGGCGGAGCUGCUCGCGGAGGCCAAGUACUACUGCAUCGGCGAGCUGGCCGAGUCCUGCGAGCAGGCGCUCCUGCGGAAGGAGCGCGAGGCGGAGCCGAUCUGCCGAGUGCCCCUCAUAACCUCCCAGAAGGAGGAACAGUUACUCAUAAGCAAUACUAUCAAGCCUGUGGUCAAGCUGCUCAUUAAUAGGCAUAACAACAAAUAUUCUUACACGAGUACGUCAGAUGACAAUCUACUGAAGAACAUAGAAUUAUUCGACAAGAUGUCGCUCAGAUUCAGCGGCAGAGUGUUGUUCAUCAAAGACGUUAUCGGCUCGAGCGAGAUCUGCUGUUGGACGUUUUACGGGCAUGGGCGUAAAGUGGCGGAGGUCUGCUGCCACUCGAUCGUCUACACGACCGACAAGAAGCACACCAAGGUGGAAUUCCCCGAGGCGCGGAUAUACGAGGAGACGUUGAACAUUCUGUUGUACGAGCACCGGAACGGCCCGGAUCAGGAGUUGAUGCAGGCCACGUCCUCGCGCGGCGUAGUACCCUGCACGUCCGACGAGGAGGAGGGCGAGCGCUCGGGCCUGGCUCGCCUCCGCUCCAACAAGCAGAACACCAACUGACCCAGUCUUGUUCUCCUCAAUCCACCGCACACCGCGAUCCUCAGCGUCGUUCGAUCGUUCAAGACGCGAAUCAACAUAAAAUAAAGACGAAGCACCGACGCGCAACAGACGCGAUUGCUACGUGGUACUUGGUUGUCGAAUCUCUCUUUCGUUUUUGGAAUACGUGGAACACGAGGAAAACCACAGCUAACUUUGGUCGCGGAGGCGAUAAACCGUCUCGCUACGUUUCUCACAUCACUUUACUUUCGACAUGUAACGUCCUGCUCGAAUUGUUGAAUAUAUUCAUAAGGAAAGAUGCGUCGUCCUAAUUCACGUCGAACAGAAUGACAUAUUUGCGCGUCUCAAAGUUUUCUUUGCCGUUCUUGCUGUACGAGCGUGUUUACAAAUAUGUAUAAAUGUGCGAUGAAGAAUGGCACCCGAUUGAUUUCAUCCUGAAAACGACGAAAGGAAUGUAACGCCACGCGCUUACUAAUUAUGUGCCAAAUCGUAUGAAAUCCGCAACAGGAAUAUGUCCAAGUUGCCAGUCUGUGAUGACUGAUAAAAUUAUUUAUGAACUUAUACACUAUGACAACUCUUAAGCAGUCAUUUAGAUUAAACAAAUUGUUGCAAAAAGAAAGUUUUGUGCGAAAACUAGGACUGCAUUGUUACCUGUUAUAAGUAUUAUUAUUUUAUUAUCAUUGUCAUCGUCGCCGUCAUUGUCACCGUCAUUAUUAUUAAUUAUUAUAUUAAUUUGUCAUAAUUAUUAGUUAUUAUUGCUUACUACUUUUGCGUCAUUAUCUGUAUCAUUACGAUAAAUUUUCUCAUCAUGUUUACGUUACUCUUUCUUACAAACUUGCAUAAUUUAAUAUCUCAAUAAAUCGUAUGUAUUAUAUAUUUGAAACAUAUAUAUUGUGUUAUUUGAAUGUGCGUUUCUCAGCAAGUCCGGAAUUCUAUUAAACUGCACAGAGGACGAUGCGGAGUACACACUGCCAGUAAAAUAGAAAUUGAAGUUUAAUAUCAGUUGUACAUGAACAUAUGGUUUCCGGCGUGUAGGAGGUACGCGCGUUUUGAACGCGCAAUUUCGUUACUCCACUCGAAUUUUUAAACGUAUUAAAUACUAAACGUACUUUACAGAAUUUUCGGCUUGAAGGAAUGCAAUGCAAUAUAUCUGAUUUUGAAUUUUCUACUAACACGUUAUUCCAAGUAUAAUUUUUCACUGCGCAGUUACUGUAAUUCUCGUAUAUGCAAAAUACCGGUGAUUUCUUUACUUAUUCACACUUUCACUUGUGUGACAAAAUCGGAGGGAUAAUCGGAAGUUGAUGCGAGUAACCCGAUAUCUACUGAACCCAAAUGCGAUCAUCAGGAAACCAUAGUUUUUCAUUUCAUAAUAGAGAGUGAGUUUGCUCAAUUUUCCGAAGAUGUUAGAUAAGUGAAAGUGAAGUGUAAAACAAUUACGAACUGUGAUUACACUGGCACAGUAUAUAUUAAUGUGUAUAUAUUACUUCUUGUGUAUUUUAGUAAUACAAGAUCAGAGAGAUCCCAUAGUUGAUAAAGGGACCAUGUAUAUCGUGUUACGUACCUACGUCAUAGGAUACCUUUUCAUUUGCAUCUGUAAUACGUAUGUUAUAUAUUAAAUCGAAUAUAUCCAUGUUGAAUAAAACAAUUUAUAGAUUUCCUUGUGAUCAUAUACCAGACAAUAAUCGUAAGGGAUUGAAUGUGGAAAGGUGAUGAUAGAAUAGAAAUUUAUAUCUUGAAUUUGUUACGAUCGAGAGAUUUUCUGCAAGAAACAGCACAUAUUAUUUACAAUUACAAACUUGAAAAGGAAAUUACGAUACAAGAAGGACAGUUGAAGUAAAUAACAGCCAAAUGAUCAAAUUUUAAACAACUAGAUCUAAUUCCGGCAAAGCCAGAUUGUUAGUUGCGCGAAAUAUCGAUUAUUUAGGAAAUUGUACGGCAAAUACAAUGUAUGCGUGUGAUAGAGUCUAAAUAAGUAUUUUAUCGCAUUCCAACAUAGAUUUGACGUGUUUCCCAUUUUUGUAGCAAGACGGAAAAGGAGUGCAAGACAGAACAAAAAAUAAAUAAAAGAGGAAAUGC